CAUGCCUUGCAGCUUGCAGAAAAGAAAUAGGUCUUCCAGCUGCAGGAAUCUCAAGACUUUGAAGCCCUUCCUUCCUUCCUUCUUUCCUCCCUCCCUCCCUCCCAUUCUACUUUUCUUUCCCUCUGUUCCUCCCCUCCUUCCUUCUGCCCUUUCUCUCUUUUUCUUGCUUUUUGUGUGACCUAAAGUUUUAUUGCUCGUUUUCAGUGGCUAUAGCUGGAGAGGGGAGGGCAAAGAACUUUCCUGGGCUAAAUCUACAGUUAUCCAUGAAUAAAGUCAUGUUAUUUGUUUGGCUGUCUCUUUCGAAGAAGUGGAACUGACCGGUGGUGACAUGAUGUUUUUUAAGAUCCUUAGGAACCAGGGUUCGUAGGAGUUUAUAGAGCUAGCAUUGCUCAACGUGUGAAAAUACAGUUGGGCAGGUACCAGUGGCAUGAUUAGAUUUGCUUCUAGCAAUGUUGGUUGAUGAGGAAGAGCGUGUAACAUAGGUCUUCAUAUUCACAGCAUUUUCUUUUCGCCUUGUUUGUUGCACCUGCUGUGCCAAAUUUUACUCUUUUUGACAUCUUGACUAAAUCUAUUCUCUACAAAUUUCCCUUGAGGAGUAGGAGCAGUGUUAUUGCUUUGUAGUACACAUUUCAGUUUGCUGAUAAACGGGAAGGUUCAGUGCUCUGGGUAAGUACAGCUGAGGUUAAUGUUGAAACAGUUUUGUCUUCUGUCUCUUAAAAAAAAAAACACCCAAUCCUAUCCCAUCCUUAAAUCUGAAACGUUUGCUUGCAUUUCUUAUUUAAGAAGGAAGUAAAUUGUGUUUUCUCAGUCUUUGUUACUGCUGUUGUAAUGGGAGUGAAAACCUCUCAUGAGCUGUUUCACUGGAUAUGCUAUUAAUAAGAAUGAGGUUUUAACGGAACCAGUUCCCUCAAGAAGAGCUUCUGUCAUUGUUUCACUACAGAGCCCCGUGGAUGCUCCCUUAAGGCCUAGCAGAGAGUGAGAGGGCAACUGAAUUGCCAUCUUUGCCUUGCACAGUUUCAACCCAUCUGAAACACAGGACAAGAAGGAAGAAGUAGCAGGCAGUCUGUCCUAAAUUGGGAUAUAUGCACUUAUUUGUAUGCAUCCUCCACUGUCCAGGAAUUUAUAUAACUUGAAAGGCCUCUCAAAUUAACUCCCUUAUUCAGAGUACAAAGGGAAUUUUUAUCCUUAUCCUUUGGCGCUUGAUUGUCGUCUCUAAAGAAAUUUCCAUGGGUUGGUUUGCUUUGCUUUUGAUCCAUGUGGAAUGGAUCAAAGAAGAAAUUUGACUUGCCCCUUUGCAUUCAUAAAUAAAAAUGAAUUUUUUUAGGCGGUUCCCCCCCACCCUUUUUUUUUUUUUUUUUUUGCAAACUACCAUUUACAUCUGAAGGUCCAAAAACCUGGCGUUCCAAUGAGGUUAUUGAAAUCCUUGGUGUUAAUAAUGCCUAAAACCCAAAGUGCUGUUGUUCAUAAUAAGCUCCUUGUGCAUCCAGACUAGCAAAACAGUCUGUCCCCUUUUUUAAGCAAAAUAGCUUCAGGAAUUUGCAUCCUUCACUCAAUGCUUGCAUUUUUUACAGGAUGCUCCAAGGUUUCUUUUGCAGAGGGCAUUGUGGAAUGGUGGAAGUUGGGGGGGGGGGAAACUGGUGGGGAGAGCCAUUUAAGGUAAGCCUCCCACUCUUCCAAGUUCAUUCCAGCCGCAGCUUGUUUUCGGCUCUCAAAAGCUGGAUGUGAACCGGGGAGAGUUUUCUCUGUAGUGGAGCCAAUGACAGAAGCUGUUCUUUAGAAUUUCCAGGAUGGCUGUAUUCUGCGAUCAGAAUGAGACAGUCAAGCUGGGCAGAAUCCAAAACGCCAAGAUGGAAGGUAAGGUGAUGUUUAUUUGUGGGAAUUGUUUAGGCUAGCUUAGGGCAGCUUAUUACCAUUUAAUAGUUUUCAUGAAUAACUUCGGGAAUAGUUUUCGGGGAUAAUUUCCUACGCUUCUGCUAGCUUGGGGUUUACUGUAUGUUUUUAAAUGGAAACAAUAUGCCGGUUGUUCCCUUCAUGAUUUUAACCAGAACAGUGUUUUUAAGAUUGCAUAUAUUGUUUCUUUUUUCCCUUUUAAUCUUUCUGCCACUAUUUUCUUUACAUCUAUAACAAAACAAAACAAAACAAAAAAACAAAAAACUACCCCUAAGCCACCUUGUUAUUCUUUCUUGGAAAUCUCUUACUUUCUAGUUAUUAUGGUAGAAGAGAAUGUGCAAAUAAUAACCCCAUUUCUUCCUGUAUCAAGUGGGUUUGUGAGAAAACGUUAGCAGCCCUUGUCAGCAUGUGGGGGUCAUAGGUUAUGAAAGCAGAGCGCCAAAAAGAAUUAUUCACGCUUCCAGUGACUUGAUUUCAGUUGAUGGAUUAGAUCCUGGACCAGAAGCCGACAGUCUUGUUGCUAAACAGCAUCAACCAUACAAAAUAGCCAGUUGUGUCUCGGAUGGAGAGAAAGCAAAAGUCAUGCGACAGAGGAACAAGCUGGCAUUUGAGAUUUGCUUGAGGUCCUUUUUUAUUUUAUUUUUUGGCUUGUUUUGUCCUUUUUUUUGGACCUCUUUGGGCACAUGAUGGACGUCCGGCUGUUGACAUGUGCACAUGAAAACUCGGUGGGGGGGUGGAGGAAUCCUACCGAGUGAGUUCUCAGUUGGAAAUUCAGAAUUGGCCACCUUGGGACUUGUUUGUGGUCCUUGCCUUCCCUUUUUAACUUGAUCCUGAGCUUCUGCUCCUUGCUUGAGAAGCCUGGGCUUGCACCCAUUGUUGUCCAGAACAUUGAUUUGCAAAGCCAGUUGUAGCCGUGGGGACUUCCUACAGACUCCGAAAAUCCACCCCAAGCGUCUCCAUCCUUCUCACAUUUUUGUGGUGGGCAACGGUCCUUCUUGCCUUUGAUUAAAGAACCUUAAGCUCCAGAAUGUGUAGAUGCCUUUAUUGUUGGAAAUGCCCAGCUGAAAAAUCUUCCGUCUAGCAAAGCCAUGUUAAAACCAGAAGGAGGAAACGCAUCUAGCCAUGGAGAUCAUUAGCCACCAAUGUUUCCCUCCUGCCUGGACUUUGUGAAACAAACACUGGUCCUGCUUUUUCUUGUAAUAUUUAAUUUUUUUGUGCCUUUGCAAAAUGUGAGCUCGAUUUUGUGUUGGAAGCUCGAGUUGGAUUCAGGCCUUGUGUAAUCUUUUGUUGUGCAUGCCGAUUGUACGUUCUUCCACCGUACCUUUCUUUUCUUUUGUACAGUGUUUGUGACAUGCUACUUACUCACUUUUCAUAAGAUGCUACUGGUUUUUUUGCAAAUAAAAAGUUUCCUGCUUCCCAUUUAUUAGUACUUAAUAUUGCUCAUGAAUCUGAGUCAUAAUGGACCGCACUGUCCUUUUGGCCAAUGCACUUGAAUGGAGGGUUUGUGGCUUGGGAGCUGUUUUUCUCUUUUUGCAGGUGGUGGUUUGAAAUUGUGAUUCCUGAGGUAAAAUUGUUUUUGUCUUUAAAAGGAGGGAGGCUGAAGGGGUUGGGAUGGGGGUUGAGGGCUGGUGGGUUUUUUUAUUUUUUUAAAUUGGUAUCACCUAAUUUGAUAUUUCUUUUCUUUUUCUGCUUGUUCUUUUCUUUACUUUUAAACUGCUGAUGUUUAAUUUUCAGGAAUGUUUUGCAAAAUGUCCUUCUCACACUCUUCCCCAGUUCAACUGCGUUUAUGGUGAAACAUCUUCUUGAAUACACUCAGCAAACGGAACCCAACCUACAAUACAGCCUGUUGUUAAUUUUGGGCCUCUUAAUAACAGAAGUAGUACGUUCCUGGUCUUUGGCGUUAACAUGGGCUUUAAACUAUCGCACUGGGGUCAGGCUGCGUGGAGCUAUCCUUACAAUGGUUUUCAAGAAAAUACUCAGACUGAAAAAUAUCAAGGAGAAAUCUUUGGGCGAGCUCAUAAAUAUGUGCUCCAAUGAUGGCCAGCGAAUGUUCGAAGCUGCAGCUGUGGGUAGCUUGUUGGCUGGAGGUCCUAUCAUUGCCAUACUUGGCAUGGUUUACACCGUCGUAAUUCUUGGACCAACAGGCUUCCUAGGUUCAGCUGUUUUCAUCCUCUUCUAUCCUGCAAUGAUGUUUGCAUCCCGAUUUACAGCUUAUUUCAGAAGAAAAUGUGUGGCUGUAACUGAUGAACGGGUCCAGAAAAUGAAUGAAGUGCUUAACUAUAUUAAAUUCAUCAAAAUGUAUGCUUGGGUGAAAGCCUUCUCGCAGACUCUUCAAAAAAUCAGAGAGGAAGAACGCAAAAUUCUGGAGCGGGCAGGAUACUUCCAGAGCAUCACUGUGGGAGUGGCACCCAUUGUUGUAGUCAUAGCUAGUGUGGUAACUUUCUCUGUUCAUAUGAUCCUCGGCUAUGAUCUCACAGCAGCCCAGGCUUUUACAGUGGUGACAGUGUUCAAUUCCAUGACUUUUGCUUUGAAAGUCACCCCUUUUUCUGUGAAGUCCUUGUCCGAAGCUUCUGUUGCGGCUGAUAGAUUUAAAAGUUUGUUUCUAAUGGAAGAGGUUCAUAUGGUAAAGAAAAAACCAGCCAGUCCUCACGCAGCCAUACAGAUGACAAAUGCCACCUUAGCCUGGGAAUCCUCCCAUGCUAGUGUCCAGAGCUCACCCAAGAUGACCCCUAAAAUGAAAAAAGGCAAGGCGGCCAUGAGCGCGAAAGACAAGAGGAAACUGCAGCAACACGAGGGACGGCAGACCGUGUUCACGGAGCAGAAGGGCCAUCUUUUGGUGGACAGCGAUGACCCCCCGAGCCCCGAGGAGGAGAACCAGCGCAUCCAGCUUGCGAAUGUCCGGCUGCAGAAGGUCCUGUACAAUGUUGACCUGGAAAUUGAGAAGGGGAAACUUGUCGGGAUAUGUGGCAGCGUGGGGAGUGGGAAAACCUCCCUCAUUUCGGCCAUUUUGGGACAGAUGACGUUGUUGGAAGGUAGCAUUGCUGUGGAUGGGAACUUUGCUUAUGUGGCCCAACAGGCCUGGAUCCUCAAUUCCACGCUUAGAGACAACAUCCUUUUUGGGAAGGAGUUUGAAGAAGAAAGGUACAAUAUGGUGUUGAAUGAUUGCUGUCUCCGACCUGAUCUGGCGAUCCUGCCAAAUGGGGAUCUAACUGAGAUUGGUGACCGGGGCGCAAACUUGAGUGGGGGGCAGCGCCAACGGAUCAGCCUUGCCCGCGCGUUGUACAGCGACAAGAGCAUUUUCAUCCUCGAUGACCCUUUGAGUGCCUUGGAUGCCCAUGUUGGAAACCACAUCUUCAACAGUGCAAUCCGGAAGCACCUGAAGUCCAAAACGGUUCUUUUCAUCACACACCAGCUCCAGUAUCUUGUGGAUUGCGAUGAGGUGAUUUUCAUGAAGGAAGGUUGCAUCACUGAGAGGGGAAGCCAUGAAGACUUGAUGAAUCUGAACGGUGACUAUGCAGCCAUCUUCAAUAGCUUGCAGCUGGGAGAAACGCCACACAUUGAGGUUAACCUGAAGAAGACUGCGAACACUUCAUUGAAAAAACUCCCGGAGAAGGGCAACAAAACGAGUUCUGUGAAGAAAGAGAAAGUAGUUAAGAAGGAAGAAGUUCAGCUGAUGCAGAUGGAAGAGAAAGGCAAAGGUUCUGUCCCCUGGUCGGUUUAUUGGGUCUACAUCCAAGCAGCUGGAGGCCCAGUUGCUUUCCUGACCAUCAUGAUACUCUUCAUAUUGAACGUGGGCAGUACGGCCUUCAGCAACUGGUGGUUGAGCUACUGGAUCAAGGAAGGCAGUGGGAACACUACUUUGUUGUUGGGGAAUGAAACCAUUGUGAGCGACAGUAUGAAGGAUAACCCUCAUAUGCGUUACUAUGCUGGCAUUUAUGCACUCUCCAUGGGAGUCAUGCUGAUUCUGAAGGCUGUUCGCGGCAUUGCCUUUGUCAAGGGGACAUUGCGGGCCUCAUCCAGGCUGCACGAUGAACUCUUCCGGCGGAUUCUUCGUAGUCCAAUGAAGUUUUUUGAUACCACACCUGCGGGGCGGAUUCUCAAUAGGUUCUCCAAAGAUAUGGAUGAAGUUGAUGUCCGCCUGCCUUUUCAAGCUGAAAUGUUCAUCCAGAAUGUUAUCCUGGUGUUCUUCUGCGUGGGAGUGAUCUCUGGUGUCUUCCCAUGGUUCCUAAUGGCCGUGGGGCCCCUCGUGGUUCUUUUCACCGUUCUCCAUGUUGUGUCUAGAGUCUUCAUUCGAGAGUUGAAACGACUGGACAACAUAACGCAGUCUCCAUUUAUUUCUCACAUCACUUCAAGCAUUCAAGGUCUCUCUACCAUCCACGCCUACAAUAAAGGAGAGGAAUUCCUAUACAAAUACCAACAACUGCUGGAUGAUAACCAGGCGCCCGUCUACUUGUUCAGCUGUGCGAUGCGCUGGCUGGCUGUCAGGCUGGAUAUUGUCAGCAUUGCCCUCAUUACAGUCACUGGCUUAAUGAUCGUCUUAAUGCACGGCCGGAUCCCGCCUGCUUACGCUGGGCUUGCCAUCUCGUAUGCUGUUCAGUUAACGGGACUGUUCCAGUUUACCGUCAGGUUGGCUUCAGAGACGGAGGCCCGCUUUACAUCUGUGGAAAGAAUUGACCACUACAUCAAGACGCUUUCCCUGGAGGCUCCAGCUCGCAUCAAGAAUAAGGCUCCUCUUCCGGACUGGCCCCAUGAAGGAGAAAUUCGUUUUGAAAAUGCAGAAAUGCGGUAUCGCGAGAACCUUCCGCUUGUCCUCAAAAAAGUAUGCUUCACCAUCAAACCCAAGGAGAAGAUCGGAAUUGUGGGGAGAACCGGCUCAGGAAAAUCCUCUUUAGGAAUGGCACUCUUUCGCUUGGUGGAACUAUCAGGGGGCUGCAUUAAAAUUGAUGGAGUGAAAAUCAGUGAAAUUGGCUUGGCAGAUCUUCGGAGCAAGCUUUCGAUAAUCCCCCAGGAGCCAGUCCUCUUCAGUGGCACUGUGAGAUCCAAUUUGGAUCCUUUCACGCAGUACAGCGAAGAGCAAAUCUGGGAGGCUUUGGAAAGGACUCACAUGAAAGACUGUAUUUCUCAGCUGCCCAUGAAACUUGAAUCCGAAGUGAUGGAAAAUGGGGAAAAUUUCUCCGUUGGGGAGAGGCAGUUGCUUUGCAUCGCCAGAGCCUUGUUGCGCCGUUGUAAGAUCUUAAUCCUGGAUGAAGCGACGGCUGCUAUGGACACCGAGACCGACUUACUGAUCCAAGAGACCAUCCGAGAAGCCUUUGCAAACUGCACCAUGCUGACGAUCGCUCAUCGUCUGCAUACGGUUCUGGGCUCUGACCGGAUUAUGGUACUGAUGCAAGGACAGGUGAUGGAAUUUGAUACUCCGGCUGCUCUUCUCUCCAAUGACAGUUCCCGUUUCUACGCCAUGUUCGCUGCUGCAGAAAACAAGGUUGCUGUAAAGGGCUAAAAUUCAGGGCAAAGUCACUUUAAUAUGGAGCGUAAUCCUUCUCUGCCUGUGGCAGGGACGUUCCUCCCUCCAUUUUCAUGUCUUUCAAGCAGGUUGUCUUUUCCACCUUUUAAUAUAUAUUUUUUUUAGGAUUGUGAGUCAGGAUUGAGUUCUUUUUUUUUUUUUUUUUGAAAAAAAAAAAAGCACUAUAAGGAAGAUUUUUCAUAGUUUUUAUUAUGGUAUUUAUUUCGUAUUCUUCUUACUAAUUUUUUUGCUAUUAAAUGCACUCUACGAGAUGGCUCAGGGAGCCACGUUAUAAAUGUAUCCAGAGGCCUAUAUUGAAGCUUUAUACAUGUAGCUAUAUCUAUACAGAAUUCUGUACAUAGCCUAUAUUUACAGUGGAAAUGUAAGCUCUUUAUUUUAUAUUAAAAUGAGCGCUGUGGUUAAUACCAGUGCAUAUUCUUUUCUAUCCUAAUUUUUUUUUUGGUACCGUUUUAAGUGGGGUUGGGAACUUGGCUUGGGCCAGGUUGCACUGGACUCUCCCUGGUGCUGUUUCCCUCCCACCUACGAACUUCUGGGCGGAAAUGAAAGUUUUGUGUAACUCUCCCUCCCUCUCCCAUUUUCAUCAUUCCUGCGCAAGGCAUGUGGGCCCCCGACAAGACAGCAGUCAAGAUCCUUGACAACUGUUAGAUAGGAGCCACGGUUUCUCACGGUACUGUGCCCUGGAGGGGUUUAACAUUCCCUUCACUUGGGGUGAUUUCGUUAGCAAAUACUUAACUGUAGCAGGAAGUGAAGGGCCAUCACAAAACUCAGGUACCUUUGAGCCCAGUGCAUUCACCUGGGUACACGCAAUGACACUGUCCGUUGGCUGGCUGUUAUUUCAUCCAACGCGGUCAAGCCAUUCCCAUUUUGCUAAGCAAAAGCACCUCUCCAAAGUGUACGGCAGGGAUCUCCAAAGUGGGCAACUUUUCAGACUUGUGGACUUCAACUCCCAGAAUUCCUCAGCCAGCCAUAUUGGCUGGGGAACUCUGGGAGUUAAAAGUCCACAGAUCUUUCGCAGAUCUCUCCCCCCCCUGGCAUUAUUCCCAAGCUGUAGCAGCUAAAUCUUUUUUUUUUAGACUGGACCCUGCUAUUUCUUCCUAUGGCGUUUCUCUGCCGAGAUGCAGACUUUUGAGAUAUUAGCGUUUAUUUUGGAAAGUUCUCCGAACACUUUGAUAUUUUUUUAAAUCGUCAUUCAUUCACCCGACUGUAUGUGCACAAAAUUUUGCUCUUGCAUACUCGUUAAUGGAAUUAUUACAUCCUCAGCAUCUCGCAGCUUUUAGCAGGCACCUGAUCAGGUUUUGACACUGGUGUAGGAAAUUUCAUUUUCUAAUUGUAAAGAGGCCUACCUCAGAUUGCUGGUCCUGUGUUGUACGUUACCAUGGUUACUGUACACCAUUCUGUGUUGUAUGGGACCGGUAGCCCAGACGGGUAUGGUCAGUCUUGUAAUAGCUGUUUCGAUCGGUCAGCAGUGCAUGUUUGUUGGUUUUUGUCCAGCUGGACAUUUUAUAGCCUUAGCAUGUUUGCAAAUUGUCGUGUCGAGACAGACAUCUGCAGAAGUGAAUAAAAAUUAUUUUGGUUUUUGUAA